UCCAUCACAUUAUAAGUUCAAUUCUUCUCUCUGCUUUGUUCUACUUUGCCUACUGAGGAUCUUCCGAUUAGGGUUUUCAGCUGAGAGCAAGUGAUACAAAUGAGGAGCAGCACAACUCCCUCUGCUGGGCCUCUUCUGGGCGGACUAUACAACUAUAAGGGGAACCCAAACGAUGGAAAAGUAUCGAGCCUUGGUCGAUUCGCUGUGUUGGAGCACAACAAAAAACAGAAUGCCCUUCUUGAGUUUGGGCGAGUUGUCAGUGCCAAACAGCAGGUUGUUGCUGGUAUGAUGUAUCAUCUUACUUUGGAGGUGAUUGAUGCUGGUAAGAAAAGGAUGUAUGAAGCUAAAGUUUGUGAGCAGUCAUGGAUGAGCUUCAAAGAGUUGCAUGAAUUCAAGCGUGUCCAUGAGGUCUCUUCAUUUACUUCAUUUACCACCUCUGACCUUGGCAUCAAACAAGGUAAUUGAGAAUUACGUCAAGUUUGAAUUGCUCUUGAAAGUCAGAAGGGGGAUCAAGGAAGAGAAGUUUAAGGUUAUUCUGAGUAUGAACAUCGAGGGAAAGUUUUACUUGGAUCAUAUGGAGCAAGACUACUCAUGAAUACUUACUAGUUCAAUAAUGUCGAGCAUCACCUGCUACU